GGAUCAGGUCAUGUGACGAUUCUUCUUGAUAAAGACCGCGCAGUCUCGAGUCAUCGGUAGGCGGCAGGGUUGCCCUUUCCGGGAAAGAAAGAGGAAGCAGGCAUUGCUCCGGGAAAAGAAACGCUUUAUGGAUUAGUUUCGUGAAACUCGGGUUUAUUAGUGAAGGAUAGAGCUGGCAUCCAUUGUAAGACCGUUUCUGAUAUAAAAUGCCCAUCUUAAACUUCAUUUAGUAAUCCCCAAGCGGAGACGCCUUCAAUGUCUUGACUCUUUCCAUGUAGUAUUGCCCGUCAGUUGUUUUCAAGUUGUUUCUGUACCCGUUGUUUGCGAAUAAUACGAAUACGAGUUUAAACACUAUUGCGCCGGCGUGUUAUUAGCGUAAUUAAAGGCACUUUUUAAAAUGGGCCGUUGUUUCUAUUUUAUCACACUUAUACUUUCAGUUUCAUAUCUGUUGAUACCGUUGUGCCACUCUUUGGAAUGGGGUGAGCAGUCUAGUCCCCUGCAAAAUGUGCGGUCCAUCAUCACAAGUUUGUCCGAGGAAGCCCACAGUUGCCUGGUCUCUAUAUUUGGUGAAAAGAGAGUUGACCUUUCUCUCAAGUUUCUACAAAGUGGUGUAAAAUGGAUGUCAGAUGCUGUGGCAUCAGCACUUAAUAUGGUCAACCAGUAUGUUACGGAAAUCUUGAAAUCAGCAGGAAUUGAUGCCAAGCUACCUUUCCAAAAAGUUACUCCGGAGGGAGUGAUUUUUGUCGCUCAGUGGGCCCUUCUGGUUGUUGUGGCCUACUGGAUAAUAUCCUUCAUCCUGAGUUUGGUUGUUGGAGCUAUAAGGCAGGCUCUGUGGCUGCUGAAGGUCACCUUUGCCAUAGGCAUGUUUGGAUUGAUUCUCAGCGACACUGGAGCCUCUGCAGAAACCACAGCGAUAAGACUAGCGGGCCUGGCAUGUGUUUGUUUCCUGUUAGGAAUAGGUUCAACAUCUGCAAAGCCAGAUAGGCACCUCGAGGAAAAAAUCAAGAUGUUGGAGAGACGACUAAGAGAGAUGGAGAAAAACAAAAUGGAUUGACGGGGAAACUCUUGUCAGACCAGAAAAAAAACUCAUUUUCUUUUCUCUUUGCUGCAGUUGUGAAUCCAGCAUGAUAUUGUGACCCUGCAAUAGAACCACAUGUGCAUUUUGUUUAUCUAAACUUGGAAGGUGCUUCAAUGUUCCAAGAUUAUUGAUUCUCAAGUAAAACAUGUCUUAGGGUCCCCAUAGCACAAUUGGAUCUAGCAUUCGAGGGGUUUUAUUGUUAACCAAAGGACAGAAUCGAAUGUUCAAACACCGUUUCUGGGGUCUUAAAGUACAGAGAACAACAAAUGUCUUUAUACUGCAUUUAAUCAUGUUUUUGUUGCUUAAUGUAUUAUUCAGGGAUGUGAUGCACAGGGCAGCAGUACAAAAUGUAUUUAAUCAAUUCAUUAUAAAACAUUUGUUAACAAAAGCCCUGUCCGAUAAAUGGUCUUCUUGGCAACAGUCCACUGCAUUUUUUCCAUGACUGUUUUGGAGUGAAAAAAUUUAAGAUGAACCCUUAAAGUCACAAAAACAACAUUUGCUGUUGCAAAUAA